CUAAACCUGUGGUACUUUAAAAAGGCAAGCCUCUCACGAGGAGAAGAAAUCCGGUAAGAGUUUGCCCGCUGAACGUCUCGUUCUCUAUUGCAGUAUGCAGGUGUCUCUAGCGCUCGUGCACUGCAGCGCGCGGCUGUUGCUGCUACUGGGAUGUUUCACAGCUGCGCACGGAUGGAGAGCUUUAAAAAAUGAUGCGACAGAAAUUAUACCUGAAUACACGGAGGACACGAAUAGACCCGAGGAGCAGAUACAACUUUCUGACAACAACACAAUGAACCGAGCUAAGAACGGAGGAAGGAGGUCAUCAGCCAACUCACGUACUUAUAGAGCCUCUGAACUAAGCUGCCGGGAGCUGCGUUCUACACGCUACAUUACAGAUGGAUCUUGUCGCAGUGUCAAACCUGUGAAGGAACUGGUGUGUUCUGGUCAGUGCCUUCCAGCUCACCUUAUGCCAAACUCAAUUCUAAGGGGAAAAUGGUGGAGAAGCAGUUCAUCUGAUUUUCGCUGCAUUCCCGCUCACUCCCGCACCCAGCGGAUACAGCUCCAGUGUCCUAACGGACCCAACCGGACAUACAAAAUCAGAGUAGUCACAUCUUGCAAGUGCAAACGCUACACUCGCCAUCACAACCAAUCGGACGUCAAGGAGUUGUCCACCAAGAAGCCCCGACGCAAUAAGAAACACCGUAGCAAAGUGCCAUCAGUCAACAGCAAUUCGUACUGAGGGGAAAACAUAAACUGAUACAGAAACUCUUUCCUGCACACAUACAAAUACACCUAUAGACAUAUCCACACAUAUUUCAGAAACUGCAAUCCUAAACUACAAGGGAAGGAAUAAACACAUUAGCUUUUAACAAACUUCUUGGUGUGCCAACAAGUUUCCAAUGUAUUUCAGAUGUCUCACUGUUUGUGUGUGCUCUUGAGCUGAAAUAGUCGCAGUUUGAUCACAGAAUGCCAGCGGACUAAUGGACACUUGAGUAAAAGACGUAGGCUGUUAUGUGAGAUUAGUUCAGGGAAUGUGAUAGCUCAUGAUUUUUGGAGGAAAGAGGAAUAACUCCAUAUAUUCUUGCCCAAGCAGGUCAUUUCAAGUUUGAAGUUCAUUAAAAGGGUAAGCUAACUACGGGGAAACACACUGAGCGCUCAACCGAUCCACCAAGCGCUCAUGUGAAUGUUUGCGUACCAGAUUUGUCAUCUUUUGGGACUGGGAGCAGUGUGUGAUUUGACCGUCCACCCGUGUCGGGCCCAAAAGACACGCCGCUGCUGACAGAUCGCUGAGGCCCAAUUCUUAACCUUGGUCAGUUUUAUCACAUGUGAGUUUCUGCAACUUCACAUUUCCACAUGAAUCUGAUCGGAACUGGCAGUUAUGGAGAGUUGUGUCAGCCCUCUGUGGUCCAAGUCCCUGGAGGUCAAGAACCGCAAACGAUAUUCCUGUGACUUGUCCUAAUUACCAAAUAGUUCCAUUCCUGUGUUUAGGAUUUGAGUCAUAAAAAGCUAUUUCCUCUAGACAUGGUCAGUUCCUGUUUGUUAGAACAACCGAAAAAGAGGCCCACAUGUGUGCAAGAAUCUGCAGCAAUUCCUCGCGGGUAAAUAACCUUUCUGCACCCUCCUUCAAUGGAAACCAUUUGGAGAUAUUCAGCUAUCUGCAAUCGCUAGUAGGUUACCUAUUUCCAUUACUGAAGUCUACAGCAAAGAUGUCAUCCUUCUUGUCUUGUGACUGUAAAAGGAGAGACAAAUAAGUGAACCAAACUUUGAAAUUGUGGUCUGGAUGUCGAUUUUUACACAGGAUAAAGAGAUAAGAGAAUGCCAGUUGUUUUUGUUUUUUUUCCAAUUUUUUUUUUUAUUGUGUAUUUGAAAUAGCAACUGGAAGGGAUUUUUAUAAUGUAAGCAGACUUUCCAUGAAUAGAAACUUGUACAUACUAUACCUGUGCGGCCUCAUUGAGUGGUAUCCUUCUCCAACGAAUGGAUAAACACUCUCUGUCCGACCAAAAGACCAUUGCAAAGAAUGAAUUGCGUAUUUAUUUUUUUUAAAUUUCAUCAUUUAAAUUAUUUAUGCAAUCCUUUUGUAGAAAAUAAUAGCCAUUAUUGUACUAUAUGUAAUUAUAGCGAAUUUCAUAAUGAGAAAGAGUACAUGAAUAAAGUUAAGCAACAUA